AGGGGGACAGAGGAGGGCAGAUGACAUCUCCGGAAGUUAAGGCAAAAUAUCUCUACAAGAGACAAAGACAGUAGAAAAAUCACUUUUCGACUUUCCCUUCGACUUUCCUUUCCCUCGGUGUUUCUUCUUGAGGCUCACGCCCCGCUGUGCUCUGCAGAGCGGCACUGAUUCGCACUGAUCGCAGAACAGUACAUGAUCAUGUUCCUGUAUCUCCUUGGACUGGUGUCUCUUUGGUUCGUCUACCGCUGGUGGAAGGAAACGAAAAGGGUGUCCAACAAGGAAGAUAAAUAUGUCUAUGUCACUGGCUGCGACUCUGGCUUUGGCAACCUCCUCACAAAACACCUCGACAAGCUGGGCUUCCGCGUGAUCGCAGCCUGUUACACAGAGAAGGGUGAGGAUGAGCUGAAGAAGGUCUCCUCCGACAGACUGAUGACCGUGCACCUGGACGUCGCCGACUCUCAAAGUGUCGGCAAAGCAGCAGCUCUGAUCAAGACUGUGGUUGGAGAGAAGGGCCUGUGGGCUGUUGUGAACAAUGCUGGAGUCAGUCUGCCGUCUGGUCCCACUGACUGGCUCACUAUAGAGGAUUUUAAAUCCAUGAUAGCCGUCAAUCUGUGUGGAGUAAUAGAUGUGACACUGAGCGUCCUCCCUCUGAUCAAGAAGGCCAAAGGCAGGGUGGUGAACGUUGCCAGCGUGUUCGGACGAAUCAGCCCAUUCGGUGGACCUUACUGCGUGUCCAAGUAUGGAGUGGAGUCCUUCAAUGACAGCCUGCGGUUGAACAUGGCACCAUUCGGGGUCAAGGUGGCCUGCAUCGAGCCGGGGUUUUUCAAAACAAAUGUGACUGAUACAAUGGUGCUGAAGAAUAACCUGAGGAAGCUCUGGGACAGGCUACCUCAGGAUGUGAAGGACGACUAUGGGCAUGAUUUUUUGGAGAAAGGUUUUAAGGGUUUGGAGGACAGGUUCAAGCUGUUUACGGACUCAGACCUGAUGAAGGUGGUCGGCUGCAUGGAGCACGCCAUCUCUGCUGUUUACCCCCGCACUCGCUACUCUCCGGGGUGGGACGCAAAGUUCCUCUGGUUGCCUCUUUCAUACAUGCCGACCUGCAUCACAGAUAGACUUUUCCUUUUAGAUAGCCCCAAACCUAAAAUAUCUGUACUGUAGUUUCCAACAGAUGACUUAUUGGGUAGAACUGGUGUAUACAAAGAUCACUUCUGUUUAUUGUCACUCUAAUAAAUAUUUGUAAGUAAAGGCUUAAACCACUGAUAACAUCAUAUAAACAUAUUUGGUAUUAUAAAA